ACAGCAGAGACCUGUGCGGAGGGUGGAAGGACGGAGGCAGCAGCUCCUGGGGAUUUGCUCAGCGGGAGACAGAGACGAUGACUUCACUGCUUCUCAGAGCCACAGGGGCUCUGGCCAUUUUCAUGGUGGUUGUAUUGGUUCAUGGAGAAUUGAGAAUAAAGACAAAAGGGCAACAUGAAGAAAACGGAACAGAAAUACAACAAGCCAAAAGGAGAUAUAAACGUGAAUGGGUGAAAUUUGCAAGACCCUGCAGAGAAGAAGAAGACAACUCAAAAAGAAACCCGAUUGCCACAAUUACUUCAGAUUUCCAAGCACAGGAGCCCAUUUUCUACCGAAUUUCUGGAAAAGGAAUUGAUGAGCCCCCUUUGGGAAUCUUUGUUGUUAACCGAAAUACUGGAGAAAUUAACAUAACAUCCAUAGUUGAUCGUGAGAAAACCCCAAGCUUCAACAUCAUAUGUCACGCUAUAACUGCCCAAGGGAGAGAAGUGGAGAAACCACUUAUAUUAACGGUCAAAAUUAUAGACAUCAAUGACAACCCUCCAGUGUUUUCACAGAGUAUAUUCAUGGGUGAAAUUGAAGAAAAUAGCCCUGCAAACUCACUGGUGAUGAUACUGAAUGCCACAGAUGCAGAUGAGCCAAACAACUUGAACUCUAAAAUUGCCUUCAAAAUUGUUUCUCAAGAACCUGCAAGCAAUCCCAUGUUCCUCCUUAGCAGACACUCUGGGGAAGUCCGAACUUUGACCAGUUCUCUUGAUCGAGAGCAAGUUAGCAGCUACCGUCUAAUUGUGAGUGGUGCAGACCGAGAUGGAGAAGGACUAUCAAGCCAGUGUGAAAGUAAUAUCAAAGUGAAAGAUGUCAAUGAUAAUUUCCCAAUGUUCAGAGAAUUACAGUAUUCAGCACGUAUUGAAGAAAAUACUUUAAGUUCUGAGUUGCUUCGAUUUCAAGUAAUCGAUUUGGAUGAAGAGUUCACAGAUAAUUGGCUUGCGGUGUAUUUCUUCACCUCUGGAAAUGAAGGGAAUUGGUUUGAAAUACAAACUGAUCCCAGGACGAACGAAGGCAUCCUGAAGGUGGUUAAGUCUCUAGAUUAUGAACAAGUACAAAAUGCGCGAUUUAGUAUUGGCGUUAAAAACAAAGCUGCAUUUCACCAAUCAGUAAUCUCUCAAUAUCAAGUCAAGUCAACUGAAGUCACAGUUGAAGUUAUAAAUGUGCAAGAAGGGAUUACAUUCAGGCCGUCUUCCAAGACGUUUAUUAUCCCGCAAGACAAAAGUGGUAGAAGGUUGCUCAACUACAUCCUGGGACCGUACCAAGCCACUGAUGAGGACACUGGCAAAGCUGCCUCGAAUGUCAGAUAUAUGAUGGGACGUAAUGAUGGUGGUUUCCUAAUUAUUGAUUCAAAAACAGCUGAAAUCAAAUUUGUGAAAAACAUCAAUCGGGAUUCUGCCUUCAUUGUUAACAAAACAAUCAUAGCUGAGAUUCUGGCCAUCGAUGACAACACAGGUAAAACAUCGACAGGCACCGUCCAUGUGAGAGUACCUGAUUUUAAUGAAAAUUGUCCAACAAUUGUCCUCGAAAAGGAAACAAUUUGCAGCUCAUCGCCUUCUGUGAUUGUCUCGGCUCACGUAGCGGACAGUAGUAAAUAUUCCGGCCCCUACACGUUUUCACUGGAGGAUCAGCCUCAGAAAUUGCCAACUGUUUGGAGCAUCACAACUCUUAAUGCUACCUCUGCACUCCUAAAGGCCCAGCAGCAGGUAUCCCCUGGAGUGCACAGUGUGUCCCUCAUAAUUUCAGACAGAGACAACAGGCAGUGUGAGACUCCAGAGAGUCUGACUCUGGAGGUCUGUCAGUGCAACAACAGAGACGUCUGUGCAGCCCCAACCCCUAAGCCCAGGUAUGAAGAAGAUGAGUCAUCUUGGAGACUGGGGCCCGCUGCCAUUGGCCUGAUAUUCCUCGGUCUUUUGCUGUUGCUGUUGGCCCCCCUUCUGCUGCUGACCUGUGACUGUGGGAUGGGUUCCCCAGGAGGAGCAAUGGCUGGAUUCAUCCCAGUUCCGGAUGGUUCAGAAGGCACAAUUCAUCAAUGGGGAAUCGAAGGAGGCCAACCUAAAGACAAGGAAAUGACAAAUAUUUGUGUGCCAUUUGGAAACUCCAAUGGAACUGAUUUCAUGGAAAAUUCUGAAGUUUGUACAAACACAUGCACCAGAAGAAGGGUGGUGGAAGAAAAUUUGGGAAUGGAGCGGACCACCAAGCUUGAAACGGCUACAGGACCUGGAGCAGACAUGGGAGCUGCUGCGGGAUUCAGAACCACCACGGGGCUCGGCUUCUGUUCUGCAGAACAGUCAGGAACCAUGCGGACAAAUGGCUUCUGCUGUGCAGAACAGUCAGGAACCGUGCGGACAAGGCAUUCCACUGGGGGCGCCCAGAGGGAAUGUGGUGAGGGAGAGAUAAACAUGAAUUUCCUGGAGUCCUACUUUUCUCAGAAAGCAUUUGACUGUGCAGAGGAAGAGGAUGGCCAGGAAGCAAACGACUGCUUGCUGAUCUAUGACAAUGAAGGACUGGGUGCCCCUAGUUCUCCUGUGGGCUCCCUGGGUUGCUGCAGUUUUAUCGUCGAUGACCUGGAUGAGAGCUUUUUGGAUUCCCUGGGCCCGAAAUUUAAACAACUUGCAGAGAUAAGCCUCGGGCUUGAUGACAAAGCCAAACAAUCUCAGACACACAACAAAAACGGCAGUUCUGGGAUGGGAUCCUGUGGCCAUUCUGUAGAAAUCCAGCAGUCAGGGUGUUCUAGGUGCCAGAUUUCAGCAGACAGUCAAGGAGCUUCUGCUUUGUCUGCUUCUUGCUCUGUCUUCCAACCCGCCAUUCCCAUCCCUGACCCUCUGCAGCAGCGUAGCUGUUUGGUGACGGAGACUUACUCAGCGUCUGGCUCCCUCAUGCAACCUUCUACUGCAACCUUUGAUCCACUUCUCACGCAAAAUGUUACUGUGACAGAAAGAGUGAUUUGUCCCAUUUCCAGUAGUCCUGGCACCCUACAUGGUCCAAUUGAGCUACGAGGGUCAUGUAAUAUGAUUUGUACAGAAGAUCCUUGUUCCCGUCUGAUAUGACCAGAAUGAACAGGAACCACAUACUGGUUGCGUAAGGAUAUCUGGACCAAAUUAUCCAAAAUAGCAUAGCAAGUCUCACAGCAUCGGUCUAAUUUGGCACUUACUUGCUACUCUGACAAAGUGAUCAUAAUUACAGUUUUUUCUAGUUCAUAUCCCCCAAGUGAAUAUGUUGCCACUCUUAAUUCUCAAAUACUAUUCAAGUGGUAUUGAAUUUUAAUGUUUUUUGAAAAAUCUUUUUAAAGAAAAUUUUAGUAGAUUAAGCACUUAGAGUCAAGAAUCCCAAUUUUUGUCCCUCUCAUCUUCUCUUAUAUCACUAAUAAUGAUGUAAGAGUCCUAGGUGUUUGCUAAAGCAUUUUGAGCUGCUCAAGAAAGAAAAAAAAACUAGCUACAGUUGAACUUUUUCCAUCUUCUUGGUGCUGGGAGACCCUAACAUGUAUCUUUUGGUCAAGCUAUAGGGGCUAUUGGCUUAUGCUUUAAACUUGCUACAUCUAUACACCUCAUAUUCUAACAGUAAGACAAUUUUAUCAUAGGACAUUUAAGGAAGUUUAAUAUAGUGUAAAUAGUAUUUUGGGUUUCUGUAAUCAUCUUGAAAUGAUCUAUCUAAAGAAAAUGCACUCCUUUCUAUAUACUUCUCAGUAACAAAUCCUAUGUUAAUAGUUAAAAGUGGUCCUUAUUUUUUAAAUGUCAGCGGGCCGAUGUAACUUUCAUGUGACAUGCAUGAUGUUUAUUAUGUUGACAAUGUUUACAGACUUGUGGAAAUUCAAACCAUGGCUUUUCUCGUAAACAGAGGGGGCUUCUGACUAGAAUAACACAAGAUGAAAUUUGUAAAUAUGUAUUAUAAACAGAAUUUCAGGUCAAAUAGGAAAUGAAAAAGGAUUAGCAGGAACCUCUUUUUUUUUUAAGUCUCCUUCCUUUUACAUUAAACAGCUAUAGCAAUUUAAUUCUUGAGCAUAACAUUGUUAGGUUAGUGAAGGUUUAGGACGUAUUAUCUCAUGCAUGUUAGCAUGAUGACAACGCAGUUCUUCACAUCAUUUCUUGUCUUUCAAGAUCUUCAGCCCUCAACCUAUAGCGAGCAUCCUAUCUGCUUAUCGACAUUACUGUCUUAGCUGAGUCUUUAAAAGGACAUUAUCCAGCCCUACUGUCUCUAAUUGCAUGUAAAAUUCUCCUUCCAUUUUUUGGCCAUAUUCCAGACUGAUACUGAUACUUGUUUUUCCAGAUGACAUGCAAACUAAUAAAGUGCUUGUGUUUUAACUCAGAGGGAUACAGUCUUGAGGACACCUUGGGGGAAAGAGACCCCCUAAAAUUUCUUACAUCUAGGAUUCUUCCCUGGCCCAGAUGCCCUGACUACCAGGAAGGCCUGUGCUAGGAUAGCCUGAGAAGUGUAGGCAGUCUGCUCUUCCAAGACAAGGCUGUUGCUGCA